CUUUCAAGAAUUUUUCACUUUCCCCAACAAAAGACAACACCUCUUACACCAAGAAAGGAAGCAUUUUUAUCCAUUUGGGUGUUUUUCAAUCCCACUCCAUUUCCUUUUCCUUUCUUUUUCCGGCUUCCAAUUCGUAAAUUUCUAGGUGGGUGUUCAUCAAGAACUCAACAUUCUUGGUCCAAACUCAUAUCUUUUCUUGUGAAUAAGUCGAUUACCCUUUGAUGAAUUAAUGUCGUUGGUCGUCGAAGCUGUUUCUAGUUCCACUAACAUGGGACUCGAAGAAAAUAAACGAGAGAAGAGUGAAAUUGAAGAUAAUGGAGAUGAAAAAGGAAGCGAAUCCUCCAUUUGUGAAACUGAAGACGAAGGAGAAGAUGCAGAGAGUCAUAAGAUCGAUUUGGGUCCUCAGUACACCCUCAAAGAACAAUUCGAGAAAGACAAAGAUGAUGAGAGUCUCACAAAGUGGAAAGAACAACUACUUGGAAAUGUCGACAUUAAUGCUGUUGGAGAAUCAUUAGAACCAGAAGUGAAGAUCUUGAGUCUUUCGAUCAUGUCACCAGGGAGAUCUGACAUUGUUCUUCCGAUACCCGAAGAUGGAAAACCGAAAGGUUUAAAGUACACCAACAAUGUAUGGAAAACUGGCGUCAAAGUGGAUGGAGUGAAACAUAUGCUUGGUACUUUUAGUCCCCAACUAGAAGCUUACACUUAUGACAUGCCAGAGGAGACAACCCCUUCUGGUUAUUUUGCAAGAGGCUCUUACUCUGCUAAAACUAAGUUUGUUGAUGAUGAUGGCAAAUGUUACUUGGAGAUCAACUAUACGUUUGACAUCAGGAAAGAUUGGGCGAACGUUGAAAUGCCUAAAACGACAUAGAAUUUUAGCAUUUAAGUUUGUGGCUAUUGUUAUGAAUCAUAGUGUGAUGAUACUACUCUAAACAUUAUUAGACUAUAAGGAACAAAAUGGAGUUGGGUGGUGAUGUCAAGAUUUAUUUGAAUUUGCCUUAUAUCUUUUCUUAAUGUAAUCUAU